CUAACUUUUUUUUUUUUGCAUAAUUACAGGAGGAUGUGAAACUGAUGAGUGAUAUGGGGCUUGAGGCCUACAAAUUCUCAAUUUCUUGGUCUCGGCUUAUCCCUGAUGGAAGAGGAGCUAUCAAUCCAAAGGCUCUCAAGUACUAUAACAAUCUAAUAAACGAGAUAGUAAGACAAGGGAUCGAGCUUCAUGUCACUCUCUAUCAUGGAGAUCUUCCACAAUCACUUCAAGAUGAGUAUGGAGGAUGGCUGAAUAACAAGAUCUUGGAUGACUUCAAAGAGUAUGCCAAUGUUUGCUUCAGUGAGUUCGGUGACAGAGUUUCUCGCUGGACCACAUUUGCUGAGCCUAACAUAAUAACCAUGGCCGGCUAUGACAGAGGAAUAUUUGCUCCUGGAAGGUGUUCUUAUCCUUUCGGACUGAAUUGCAAGGCUGGAAAUUCUACAACCGAGCCAUAUAUUGUUGUUCAUAAUAGCUUGCUCGCACAUUCUCAAGUUGUGAAGCUAUACAAAGACACUUAUCAGGCUAUUCAGAAAGGUUGGAUAGGAAUGAAUGUUUACACCAUUUGGUACUAUCCACUCACAAACUCCUCAGCAGACAUUGAAGCUGCACAAAGAGUAAGGGACUUUAUGAUUGGAUGGAUAAUUGAGCCCUUGGUGUUUGGAGACUACCCUAUGAUUAUGAAGAAAAAUGCUGGAUCCAGGCUUCCUUCUUUCACCCAAAAAGAGUCUGAACAAGUUAAGGGCUCGUUUGACUUCAUUAGCCUGAAUCAUUACACAUCUUCGUAUGUUGCUGACAACUCUGAAAUUUCCUAUACUGACCUGCGAGAUUAUAAUAAGGACAUGUUUGCCAAAACUAGAGGUUUUUUGAAUGAAACAUCAAGUCAGGGUCCUCCAACUUGUAUGCUCAAUGAUCCCUUAGGUUUUCAAAAUAUGUUGGAAUACGUCAAAGAGAGAUUUGCUAAUCCUUUAGUUUACAUUGAAGAAAAUGGCUAUGGAUUGGGAGCCAACAGAACGGUCAAUGACACAGACAGGAUUGAGUACUUGAGAGAUUAUAUUGGAAGGAUUCUUGAUGCAAUAAGGAAUGGAUCAAAUGUGAAAGGGUAUUAUUUAUGGUCAUUUGUUGAUCUAUUUGAGUUUUUGGCCGGCUAUAAAUCAAGCUAUGGGCUCUAUUAUGUGGAUUUUGAUGAUGUGGAGCGCAAGAGGGUGCCAAAGCUCUCAGCACUUUGGUAUUCCAACUUUCUUAAGAAUAUUAAGGGAGGUGUGGUGGGAGGAAAAUCCCUUGCUUCACAGUGAUGGUGAAUUGUACUUGGAAGAUAUUGCUGAUUUAGACUUAUUAUUAUUAGUUUAUGGGUCUUUGUCUUUUAUGUGAAAAAUAACUUGGCAUAAAAUGAUGAUUUUCUUCACAUGACAGGCCCCUUGGUUGUAGGCUGAUUUCUCAAUCUGCCAUUUAUAUGCUAAUAGAUAAUGUUUUUCAAAA